AUGCCAUUUGUCUCCCCACCGAGUCGCCUCACACCUUGGACCGUAAAUCUGAUUGCGAAGUCUCAAUUCGAACUUCGCAUCAAUCAAGGUCGAUCUACUGUUCUGCACGAGGACAAUCAACCUUGCAUCGAUUUGGCGAAGAAUCCUGGAGCUCGAGGUCGUACUCGCCAUUGGAAUGUGCAUCAUUUCUAUCUACGCGAACGAAUCGAGGUUGGCGAUAUCGAUCUCCGCUACUGUCCGACCGAUCUGAACACGGCCGACAUUUUGACAAAACCCCUAUCCAAGCUCAAGUUCCCUACGCAUCGCGAAGGACUCGGGAUGGUCUGGCUGGCUACCUUGGCAUGUGGGAGUGUUAAUUGAUAUGUGUCUGUGCCUGUGCCUGUGGUAUCUGCGCGAGGUGCGCGUGUGUUUAGUCAUUAGUCACUUUGGUAUUGGAGUUUGAUCUGUUUAAGUUAGGGAGCGCGCGGGGCUUUCUUCCCGCGCGGCUGUUUACUCUUGGUAGCUUUCUCAUCACUCGCUCUACAUUGUGGUCCUGACUUCUCGGCGUCGUGCACCCUCACCUAUCGGAAGGCUUUACUUCCGCGCUCGCAUCUUUUCUGCGAUAGGUUAUGA